AUGGCUUUCCCUUGCCACUUGUUGAACCUUUGGAGAAGUCCAAUCCUCUUGUGGCAGCCACAACAGAGGGGUUCAUCCUUGGAGCCUCAUACUCCUCAAAGUAAUAGCACUCAGGCUCACCCAAAUCCUCAUUCACUUGAGCGUUGUCCUCAACUCGAUCCUCAGCUCGAUCGAGCUCAGGCUCCUCUUCUCGCAAAUCCUCUUCAUGCCCAACUAACGUGUGACAGGGGGUCUGAAGUCAAUGUUGUACCUCCUACCGUGGUGAGCUCAGGGUUGGGCAGAAGAAGCUUGGAAGGGCCAGCCAAUGGAUGUGUGAACUUGAAUUGGAACCUCCCAUCCAACUCCUUGUGCUCAAUGAGGAGGUUGGUCUUGCAAAACUUGAUGUCCAUCCACCUGCUGGAGUAG